UGACAGACGAGUGGUGUAGGUCCACUCCCAGGAGUGGAAGCCAGCCGCCGAAGUGGAGCGCACCAAACUUAACCACUAGGGCAUCAGGGCUGGCCCUGCAUUCGUUUUCUAUUUGACAGUCCAAUGGUAGCUUUUUCGGUGGAGGGGAAUGACUGGGGUGACCAUGGCUGGUGAGUGGUUUAGGCCUGUGUUGGGGUUCUUGUAACUGAGGCAUCAGGGAUUGGGGCACUGUAUGUCAGUAACAAGGGGUCAGGAUACAAGUUGAUGGGUGGCCUGUUGGGGGUUGUGAGUAGGUGGACACUGGGGGUAGUAAUUGGAGUCAUUGGAGGGGUUGAGGGUGUCAGAGUUUGUGCAGAGCUGGAGGCCCUGUGUGGUGGUCAGUGAAUGGUGGGUCAGCACUGGGUGGGAUGUCAUGGAGGUGAAUGGUGGGGCCCCUGUGUGAUAAAGGAUUGGGGAUCCCUUGAGGUUAGUGAUGGGGGUUAAUUGAGGGGGCUGGUGAUGAUGGGAGAUAGCAAGCCUGAGGGGGCUCUGAGAACAGUGAUUAGGGCACCUGUUAAGAUGAGUGAAUGGGUGCCUGUAGGAGGGAGUGAUCAGAGAGGUCUGUGGAGGCCCUUUGGGAUUCAGUGUUUGGAGCUUCACACGUUUGGUUUCUAGUCAAUGAAUAGACGCUGUGGAGAUUAACAAAUGGGGGUUUGGUGGAACCAGUGAUGAGGUUUCUUGGCAUCAGAGUUUAGGAACCCGUGGGAAUCGGUGAUUAGUGAUAAUCAAUCAAGGGGCCUGUAGGGAUGACUGUGGCUCGUGCAUGGGACUGAGUAAGGGAGAGCAUCGUGUGACCGUAAAUAAAGGGUCCUGUGGGUGAUCAGGGCAGGACUGUGGAGAGACUUUGGGUUUCGUUGACUCGUGUGCUCCUGUAGAUUGGUUUUGUCACUUGGGGGCUGCCUCUUGGAGGCUUUGCUAGAGGAAUUAUUGGGGAUCCACAGCAUGUGCGAUUGAAGGUCCUGGAGGGAUGGCCUGUGAAAUCAAUAAUCAGGGUUCUGGGAAGGUGAUAGGCAUGUAGGGUAAGUGAUAAUGGGGUUUGUGGGUCUCGGUGGUUUGUUGUCUGGAGUUUGUGCAGGGCUUGUUGUGUUCAGUGAUCUAGGGGCUGGAGACUUCUCAGGUGGUCAUUGUGGGUGACUGGGGGCUUUGAGGGUCCUGAGGGUUGGUGCAUGGGCUGGGAUGGUAUAUGGAUUGGCACAGUGUGGUUUGGUCAUUUCAAGGUCCGUGGGGGUUUGUGUGUGCUGAGGCCGUCUUUGGGACCUCUGUUGGUGAUUGUGGGACCUAUGAGGGUGGUGUUUGCAGGUUUGGGUGGCUGUGAGUGAGUGUUGGUCGUGUGUUAGCUCAGGCAGGACUCUCAAGUAGUGACUUCUGUGACACAGCCACGUUCUUCGACCACUCUCACCCAGCACGUGCUUUGUUGGUCAGUGACGGCUCCUUGUACUUGAAUCUUUCCUUGUUUAGGAGUUCUCAGCAGCCCCAUUGGCUGUAAGGUCCUCCGCCUGGCUUGUUGAACCUCAUCGCCUGUCUCUCCCUGCACCACCUCCAGCUCCAGCCGGUUGUGGCUGAGGCUUCUUGGCAGGCGUGGUCUUCCUGCAGUUCCACAGCGGGCUCCUUCUCCUCUUCACCUCAGCUAAAAGUCGUCUCCAAGAGGGCGCCUCUGGCUGUGCUGAAGGAGCAUCUUUCAUUCACCCCUUCCUCUGUCACAUUUAAAACUUAUUCUGAGCGUUCUCACAGUCUGAAGUUAUUUUAUUUACUUGUUUACCUGUUUGCCAUCCUAGAAGGUGUUUCCUGGAGGGCACAGACCCGUGUGCCCAGAACAGGGCCUGUAGUAGUGCUUUCAGCAAAUUGCUGCUUUCCGGCCAGUAAAUGAGAGUGAGAGUGUGUGUGUGUGUAUGUGUGAACGUAUGUGUGUGUAUGUGUGAGUAUUUAUGUGUGUAUAUAUGUGUGUGUUUUGUUUGGGAAAAGUUAUGCUCAGAAACUGAAACUCUUUGCCAAUAGUUUAUCUAACACAGGUUCCCUCUGGGAUUUAUAAUAGUUUCACAAGCCAAUAGCAUAGAGGAUAACGUCUCUCAAUAAGCCAAUAAAGAAACAACAUAGACCAAACCAGCUAUAGGUUAAUCACGCUGUUGUUCCAGGCAAGGGGAGAUGAAAGGAAUAAAGUCCAAGUGUAGUUCGAGUAUGCCUUUUUUUUUUAUACGAUUAGGCCCUUGGGAGAGUUGACUUGACCAACGGAGAACUGACAUCCAGCUGCCAGCACAAAACGAAAAUGAAAAGUCCUUGUUUUUAGGGAACAACAGCACCAGUGUUGGUGGGCAGGCCACUCUUCAUGGGGACCCUGAGAGGUUUGUCACCACUACCAGCAGGGGGGUCGCCCGCCCCUACCAUGGCGGGAGCUAAUGCCCCAAGGUCUUCGGAGAGUUGAUUUAGGUCAGCAAGGAGAGCCUUGCCCAGACCGAAACUCCUGAAUAAUCCUAACUCUCAGUAUUCAUAGUCUAAAUGUCCGUUUGUCCUAUUGCUUCUACACAUGUUCUUACUCAUCACCCCCAGGGGGACCCCUCAGCAACUGGGCUGCUGAGUUCCUAUUACAGACAACAGAUGAGGUGAUGACAUCCUGACACAACUUACUUCGUUCUUCUAUCGAAACAACUUUUUUUUGUCUUUGUCAUAAACGAAUGGAUUAAAACAAAUCAUAAACGAGUGGAUUUGAAAUCAUAUUAAACCAAUGCACAGCAGUGUAAGGGCAUGGAUGUAUACGUGCGUCUGUGUGUGAGAGACUUGAUGUCAAUGUGAGAGCAGAGUGCGGGAGUAUGUCAGAAUCCUGAAGGUGACUGUUGUGAAUGUUAGGACAAUCAGCAUGUUGCCUUUUCCAGGGGGACAGCUAGAGAAGCUCUGUGCAUCAACCCAGAAGGGGUCCAAACUAAAUAGAAGCUUCCAGGACAGGUGGGCCUUGUCUCAGGGACCCCAGGUCUGGAGAGCCAUAACCAUGGGCUCUCUUUCACUCAGAGCCCUCUCAGGGCUUCCUGGACUCUGAGACCCCCUUCCAUGCCCUGGAGCCUGGAGCAGCUCCCCAGGCAUUUCGGAAAGAGGUGCUUUUCCUUUGGAUGUUGUUCUCUACUCUCUCAGGACAUUUUUUCCUGAGAGAUCUGUCCUGAAGCCCUGCACUCCGUAGGGGAACAAAAUUUGUCACCCCAAAGUAUGUCUCUUUGGCAUAAGGAUUCUUUUAGGCUGGUUAUCUUAAGAAACAGCAGACAUGGUAGGAGCUCUGAAAACUGAGAAGUUACCCUUUUGUAAGAGAUAUUUACAUUUAUAAGGGAAGUCUCCACGUGGAAGGAUGUCUCCCUCACUGUACCGGGAAGAGGGGGACAACUCAGUCUCUAGAAACUUGUCAACGGAGAAGGCAGAGACUUAAGUCUGCAUUACAACCGUACCCUUGUUUACUGAACAACCUCCCAUAACUGACUCCCACCCCCAACAUCUUUUGUCUUUAGCUGAAGAUGAUAUUUAAGGUGGUGGUUUGGGCCAUUUAGAGGAGUUACUCAGUUUUCUUGGAUCUCUCCCAUGUAUGUGGGAGGGAUACGUGUUAUUAAACUUCUGUCAGUUUUUCUCCUGUUAUUCUGUCUCAUGUCAAUUUCCUUCUUAGACCAGUCAGAAGAACCUAGAAGGGUAGAGGAGAAAUUUUGCCUCCCCGGGAACUCUUCACAUUGGACUAGAAAGUGUCCACUUUCACUCGGGGAAUCCGACCUUUUAUGUCUGCACCCCUGAGUAGCAGAACCACGUCACUCUUCUCGCUUCCCACUCCUAGGAACUCUUCCUGCCCUGGACGCCCUUGCUCUGCCCUCUACCACUACUUUGGGUCAAAACUCAAAGUCCAGCCUAUUUUUCAGACUGACUGUGGUUCUUGACUGCCCCACAAGACCCUCACUUUGGGACUAGUCUCCCCUUGAUUCUCUUUUUGACAGAGAGGGAGACGUUUAAGGCCCUCAAGGGGAUGAUGACAGGAGGUGGUCCAUAUGGCCAGGUCAAUGCUAAGCAGCGUUCAGGUGUUUCCUUCCUGCCUCCUGCUCACCCUCUGCACAAGGCGCAGGCUUUGCUGACUGUGCAGUGCAGGGCUCCUGAGCGGGUGGCGAUCAGAGCAGGCUUGUCUAGUCUGUGUCCAGACUAGACCCAACUCGGGGUGGGUAGUAACUGCCUUGAAGGAGCUGCUAUUUUGGCUGCACUCUUGUUAGCUGCCCUGGGGCAAAACCUGGCAGUUGGGUGACACCCUGGCGUAACUUUCUCCCCUCAUUUGCAGCAGAUGAGUGGACACUUCUGUCCAUCUUUCUCUGUGUCCAUCGACAUUGAAGGUGCCUUUCCCAUUGUUUGGUAGAACAGAGCCUCCAAACAGCGCAUUCUUGCUCUCAGUCUUCUGCAGGUACCACGUUCUCUCCUUGCUCACUGUUUUCUGGAGCGGUAUCCACUGACCUGUCCACCACACUGUGUCUUCCUCGUGGCCUGUCAGUACGUGGAAACUGAGUUGGGAGCACCAGGAGCUUAGGAGGUGCUCAGCAACCGUUCCUGGACCACAGACAUUUCUUUUCAGGUGCAUUCUUAUGAAGCAACUAACACCCCUGUGCGACCCUGUGCCCGUGGAGUCCUUGGCUCUGAUCUCAUAUCCGGCUGAAUCCCUGAUUUGAGUCUAGCAAACAACGCGUCUAGUUCCCAGAAGAGAACCAAGAUUUAAGUCCCCAAAUUAAUUAUAUCGUCUAAAAUAAAAUUCCCACUGCAUGUUCAGGCUGUGGCUCUCAGGAACAAGAUAACUCACGCCAGAUAAGGAAGAAGAGGCUCAGGCCUGGGGGUACAUUGUCAGUUUACAGACCUUCAGCCAGAGGCCUUUCUCCGGAGCGUCAGGACACAGCGAAGUCACAGAACAGAGCAGAUUUCCCAGGAGCAGCAGAACAUGAUCGAGUCACAGAUAUCGUUUGAGGACGUGGCUGUGGACUUCACCUUGGAGGAGUGGCAGCUACUAAACCCUACUCAGAAGAACUUGUACAGAGACGUGAUGUUGGAGAACUAUAGCAAUCUAGCUUUCUUGGGUUAUCAAAUUAUCAAACCUGAUGCCGUUUUCCAGCUGGAGCAAGAAGAGCAGUGGAUAACAGAUGAAGAGAUCCUAAACCACAGCUGUCCAGAAGAAGUCUGGCUAGAUGAUAAUCUCAAAAUGUGGCACCAGGAUAAUCAAGACAAAGGUAUGGAGAGAGGCCAUGAAUAUGAUGUUUUUGGGAAAAUAUUUCAUUCCAGCAUUAACUUUGUUCAUUUAGGAAUGAGGCCUCAUAAAUGUGACACAGGUGAAAAAAGUUUGAAACAUCCUUUUGAUUUUCUUAUUCCAAAAAAUAACUGUGGAAGAAAGAAACUUGAUGAGCUCAAUAAGAAAUCGUUAGUCUAUAUCAAACCUGAUAGACCCCACAGUGGAAUAAAAUACCGUGGUUACAGUAAAUGUAGAAAAGCCAGCAGGAAGGAGUCGUGGCUCAUUACAAGCCAGAUAACGCAGUCAGGAGUCUGUCUAUGCGUGGAAUGUGGCAAAACUUUUAGCAAGAAGUCACAGCUCAUUGUGCAUCAGAGAACUCACACGGGGGAGAAGCCCUACGGCUGCGGCCAGUGCGGGAAGGCCUUCUCCCAGAAGUCAUUGCUCACUAUUCACCAAAGGACUCAUUCAGGAGAAAAACCAUAUGGGUGUGGUGAGUGUCAAAAAGCUUUCAGUAGGAAGUCACUGCUCGUUUUACAUCAGAGGACUCACACGGGAGAGAAGCCCUACAGCUGCCGCGAAUGUGGGAAGGCCUUCAGCAGGAAGUCCCAGCUUAAAAGACAUCAGAGAACUCACACAGUAGAGAAGCCCUACGGCUGCAGUGACUGUGGGAAAGCCUUCUCUCAGAAGCUAAAGCUCAUCUCCCAUCAGAGAAUGCACACGGGAGAGAAACCCUAUAAGUGUGGUGAUUGUGGGAAAGCCUUCUUUUGGAAGUCGCAGCUUAUUACUCAUCAGAGGACUCACACGGGGAAGAAACCCUAUGCAUGUAGUGAGUGUGAAAAAGCCUUCAGCAGGAACUCGCUCCUCAUUAGGCAUCAGAGGAUCCACACAGGAGAGAAGCCCUAUGAGUGCAGGGAGUGUGGAGAAGCCUUCAUCAGAAAACCACAGCUCGUUAAACACCAAAUAACUCACACAGGAGAGAGGAACCAUCACUGCGGCGAUUGCGACGAGGCCUUCUUCAAGAAGUCGGAGCUGAUCAGACAUCAGAAAACCCAUCUGGGAGAGAAACCCUAUGGAUGUGUUGAGUGUGGGAAAACUUUCUUUGGGAAGUCACAGCUCCUAACACAUCAAAGAACUCACACUGGAGAGAAGCCUUAUGAAUGCAGUGAGUGUGGGAAGGCCUUCACGCAGCGGUCAAGCCUGAUGUCCCAUCAGAGGACACACACAGGGGAGAAGCCCUAUGAGUGCAGUGAGUGUGGAAAAGCCUUCAGCGAGAAGUCAAGCCUCAUCCACCAUCAGAGAACCCACACUGGAGAAAAACCCUUUGAGUGUGGUGAAUGUAGGAAAGCUUUUGCCUGGAAGCCACAACUUCUGAGGCAUCAGAGAAUUCAUACAGGGGAGAAGCCCUAUGAAUGCAGUGAAUGCGGGAAAGCAUUUGUUCAGAAAGUGCAGCUCAUUAAGCAUCAGAGAAAUCAUACAGGAGAGAAAACCUAUGGAUGCAGUGAUUGUGCCAAAGCUUUCUUUGAGAAGGCACAGCUCAUUAUACAUCAGAGGAUUCAUACAGGAGAGAGACCCUAUGAAUGUGGUGAGUGUGGGAAGUCUUUCACUAGGAAGUCCCACCUCAUGCGGCAUCAGAGAAUUCACACAGGAGAUAAAUACUAUGGGUGCACUGAGUGUGGGACUGCCUUCAGCAGGAAGUCACAGCUCAUGACACAUCACAGGACUCAUGUCCUGGAGAAGCCACGUGAGUCCAGCGAGCAUGGGAAGCCUGCUGGCAGCUGUCGCGCCUCCCCGCCCUUCUGAGCACACAGGCAGGAGAGAAACACUGUCACUGCGCUGACUGUUGACAAAACUGUCAUUGCAAAGGUAAGUCUCACUAAACAGAAUUCAGGAAGGAAAGAGCUUUUAGAACAGUAGACCGUAUAGGAAAGCCUUCUCCCAGAAGACGCCAUUUAUUACACACAGAUGGCCCCACACUGUGGAAGUCUUAUCAAUAUUGUGAUAGCACAGAGCCUUUUAGUCAGAAGCAACAGCUCAUUAAACAUUUAGAAGACCUAAACAGGAGGAAAACUCUGUUGUUAUAAAAAGUGAGUGAAAGAUUUCAUAGAGGAAGGAUGACGACGGUGCACUCAAGAGCACGUGUGCGCAGAAAACACUAAAUGCUGUAUAUUGGAGAUUUCACACUGAGGAGUAGGCCCAGUAACUUCAAGAAUUUCGUAAGCAUGAUCCUAUUGAAAUAAGUCUAUAAAGAAGUUGUGUUUACUGUAUAUAAAUUAUUGUAAAGGUUUUUAAAUGGUAGAUGUGUUUGAAGUGUGAAGACUUCUGCUUUCUGCUGUGGUGGGUAACUCUCCUAUCUUAAUCGGCUAGAAACUGCACAAUUUAUGAAAUAAUGGUUUUUAGACAGAUAACAAGCACAGGUUUUGCUCCUUGGCAGAAGGUGGACAGGUUGAGGCGGGACCUACGAUUGCCCACCUGCUGCCUGGAGCCGUUCCCAGGCUGCACUGCAGGGAAGAGAACAACCGUGAUCUGCUGCGUUGAAUAGACUUGCUGCAUUGGCAUUUGGGGAGGCCACAGUAGCUAGAAUCUGCAGGGAAGUACUGGAGAGGAGGGAGUUUCCAAGAGAGAGGGCUGCAGAAAUCUGCAAGGAGUCCUCUUGAGUCUCUCAGCUUAGUACUGAUUUGGAUGUGUGUGAAGGAAACUUCCUGAGACCAGGAGAAGUAGUGCUGGGGAACAGCAGGCCCAAAGUUCCUGGAACUCGGAGCAGGCUGGGGACAGUUCACGUUCUCACCAGCCAGAGUGGAAACAGCUUAGCACGUGGGGCAUCAGGUAGAAUUCCCAGAAGAGUAUAUUGCCAGUGAGGGUAAUUAACUCUGGAUUAAAAGCUACUUUGGACCCACUGUGUCUGACAUCCAAAAACUUACCUGGCAUGCAAAGAAGCAGGAAAAUAUGACUUGUAACCAGGAGAAAAAUCCAUCAAUAGAAAGAGGCCUAGAUGAGAUUGAAGUGGUUGGAAUUAGUGGACAAGGAUGUUCACAUAGCUAUUAUAAAUAGAAAGUAGAGGAAAACAUGAAUUUGAUGAAACCUGACUGGAAGGUAUAUUUUAAAAAGCCCGAAUGGAACUUCUCACAAUGAAAAACACAAUCUCCGAAAAUUAGGAAAAAAAACCCUGCUAGAUAGAAUUAACAGGUUAGACAUAGAAGAAGAAAAAAUGUCAUUGAACUUGAAGAGUAGGAAUAAAAACUACGCAAGUGAUGUACACAGAGAAAAAAAGACUGGGGAAAAAAAGAGCCAGGAGAAUACAGUGGUGUCAUCCACGUAUAACUGGAGUUCCAGAAGGAGAGGAGAGAGACAAAGGGCAGAGGAAAGAAUUUGAAUAAAUAAUGGCUGAAAAUUUUCCACAUAUGCUGAAAAGUAUAACUCUACAUAUUCAAGAAGCUCAGAACCCAAAACAGAAAAAAUAUAAAGAAAAUCAUGCCGGUGGACAUCAUAGUCAAAUCGAUGAAAACCACGAAUAAAGCACCUAGAGAAGAGAACAGACUCAGCACAAGGAUGGCGGGAGGCCUCUGGCCGGGACCGUGCAGCCUGGAAGCCAGCCAAGCCACGCCUCUAAAUUCCUGAAAGAAAAACAGGACCCCUGCAAUCCAGAGUUCCAUUACUCAUCAAAAACACCUUUCAAAAAUGAAAGCCAAAAAGACUUUCUCAGAAAAAUAAAAUCAAGGAUAAUUUAUCACCUGUAGACCUCCCUUCAGGAAACAUUAAAGGAACUUUUUGGGCAGCAGGAAAAUAAUACUAAGUGGAAUUUGGAUCUAAAUGAGGAAAUGAGGAGUUCUGAAAAUGGCGAGUACGUGGGUAAAUAGAAAAGGUUUUUUCCUCAUUUUAGAAUCUUUCAAAAAAGCGAUUGACUCCUUCAAGCCUAGGGAUGAGAAUGUAUUUUGGUUAUGAUCUGUUUAGAAGUAGGGCGUUUGCCAUCAGUAGCGCUUAAGCAUUAAUCUUGAAAAAGAGCUGGGUAGACUGCAUCAUCUGAGUCAGAACCUGUGUCCUCGGGGCUCCGGAUGACUUGUCCUUGUAGCAGCUGCACAAUUGGAUUGUACGUAUCGUGGAUCUGUGUAUGUGCUGACCGUCCUCUGCUUCUCCAGGCCCAAUUCCCCCCGUCUCUGCUCCUCGAGGCUGUCCUCCGGGACAGCGUCUUGAGGGUCCUGCGUGAGCUUGAAUGUGGGGGAGCUGGGACGAGAGGUGUGUGGCCGGUGGAGAGGUUAGUGUGUUGAUCACCUCUCCCUUCCUCCUCCGGGCCAUGGUGUUGGCAGCAUCUUGCUCUUGUGUGACUGCAGCUUCCACUGGGCCGCCCUCUUCCAUGGCCCUCAAUCCCUCGGCUUUCAGUAACGAAAUUCUGUCUCCCUGCUCUUCAUACUUAAGGGCGGUAACUGCUUUGGGUGCCUCACCAUCCCUGGUUGGUUUCCUUAAUUCUGAACACAUGUCUUUAAAUAGUCCCUUUAUUAAAUGUUCUUGAGUUAAUAUUUUGAGUUUACCAUUUGUCUUCUGUGCCAUGUAUUUAAAUGAUGAGCGUUUAACAAAAUUUUGAGCAUCAGUUACUGGUACGUGUGCCUCAUAGGGCAUAGAUUGACAUCUGUCAAGAUUUACCACACUAUAUUAAUAUUUUCUCUUUGUAUUUUAACAAUUCAGUAGAAAGUAUAACAAAGUUCUUUGUGUUUUUUGUUUCGUUUUACUGCAUGUGUACAUGGCUCUGGAGAUUGUUACCAUCUGCUCCGUAUGCAGGUGGUCUUGUGGUUAUUACUAAACCCGUCUUCAGUAAUAGAAACUGAAAUAUUUAUGGAGUCUUAUGCUACCUCUGGGUUAGCCAAACAACUGACAAGAAAGCAUUGUUAUUUAUGUUAAAUAUGUACAGACAAGAAAAAAGAUAACCAGUUACUGAGUGAAGAAAAGAAUAAUGUAUCAUAUCUUCCAGUACUCUCAUUUUAAAAAUUGUGCUGUGCAAUUAAAAUAUCCUCAUUCCAUA